AUGGCGAGGACAUCGUUUGCUCCUUGUCACGCCGGGCGGAAAAAUGGGGGUUUCGGGGCGCUCUACAGCCAGGAGGAGCGUCCAGCCAUUCGUCUGCCUUCCUAUACCUCCGGACCUCCAACGUCGUACGCGCAAACGAUCUAUGAAGAAGACAACGUUCGCUUCUUCAUUUUGCGGUCUCGAAUUGCCUACAACAUCGAAGUAGCAAUGCAGUACAACAUGUGGGCCACGCGCCCUCACAACGACGCAAUACUGGGCGCGGCUCUCAAGUCUUGCAAAUAUGUCGUUCUGCUCUUCAGCGUCAACAACACCCACUACUUUUGUGGCUGGGCGAUCAUGCGCUCUCUGCCCGGGCACUGUCGCUUCAAAAGCGAUCUCUUCAAGGCAGCCGAAGACCCCAGAGGCAUGUCACAGUCGCGCUUCGAGGGGAACACCUUCGAGAUCGAGUGGAUUCGCAGAAUGCCUCUCGACUUCAAAGAGUGCGAAGGCCUUUUGAAUUCUCUCAAUCAAAACCUGCCAGUUUACCGCGCCCGCGACGGCCAGGAAGUUGCGCCGGCAGUUGGCCGUGCCGUCUGUUCUCUGUUCGAGACGCAGUGGCAGAAGCAGGCCCCGAACGCAGUGUCUCCUCAGCUCUCCGCACCUGUCCCCUCGCCUUCCUCGGUGAGCGCGGGAGGUGUGGGGUCCCCGACCGAAGGCGCCGCGCCAGCGUCUCCGAAGCAGCGCGAACCCGAGAGUGACAACCCACUCUCUCCUCGAGCUGGAAACGGAGAGCCGGAGAACCAGGCGGCCCACGGGCCCCGCGGCGAGUCUCCGCCGAUGCACGAAGGAGGUGGAGGCGAACAAGCAGUGGACGCGUGGGGACCUCGCAUUCUGAAUCCAGCAAUCCAGAUCUACCCCGUAGAUCUCACGUCCUUGACCUACGACGGUUACAUCCGAGCGUAUCAAGCGUCCCGGGCAUAUUGGCGCCGCCGAACGGAAGCUGCGCGCAGCGAGGAAGAGAGAAGAGAAGAUGCGAAAGAGCGCGAGAGGAAGAAGACGCGCCUCGUGGCAGCUCAGAGUCUGCAUCAAACACACGAGGCGAACGCAGAGGAGGAAGCGAAGCAGACUGAAGCAGACGAUCAAGGCGGCGAAACAACUGGUGGAGAGAGAAGAGAUUUCCGCGUCAAAGAGGAACAAGAAGACCGGGCAGAGGCGGAGUCGGGGCUUCGCGGAGAUCACACCGAGCGAGAGGACACGGGACAGGACAGGAGACUGAACGCAGAGGCUUCAGUGGAGCCAGGCGAGCCUGCAGCCUCUGCGCCGGAAACGCCAGCGGAGACAGGCGCGAAGGAGGCGGAUGUGUCAGCCGAGGACUUGCCCGGAGAAGACACGCCGUCCAUCACGUGCAUCAAACGAGAGCGUGAAAAAACGCCCCCGAACUCGGAAAAAACGUGA